AUGACUUUAUUAUUAAAUGUUAAAGAUGAAGAUGCAACAGGGUCAUUUCAUGUGAAAUAUUACUUUGAUCAAAACACGAAUUCAAUAACAGAAUCAAAAUUAUAUGAACUUAAUAACAAUUCAUAUCAAAAUGUCAUAUUAAAUAUAGAUUUAUCAACAUUUGAACCUUCUGAUACAAUUCAUUGUAUUAAUAUUUAUGCUGUUGAUAACCUUGAAAAAACUUCACCAGAAAAAAUUUAUUGUUUCAAGUAUAUUAAAAAUAAACCCAAAAUUAUACUAAACAAAGGCAUUAAAAUACCAUUAACAUUUAAUGUCGAUAAAUAUAUCCCUAUAAAUAUCGAAUACAAAGAUGAAAGAAGAUCAGGAAAGUUUAAAUUAAUUAAAGAAAUAUAUAAUGAAGAUAGAAAUCUAAUAUCAAAUCAAAAUAGCUCAUUGUAUAAUGUUGGAGACGAAAAACCAGUGGAAAUAUCAGUUAACAUCAGUACAUUAAAUUAUGAUACAAAUUAUUAUAUUAACAUUACAGCAAUUAAUUCACAUGAUGAAGAAUCAAAUACAUUAACAAUUCAAUUCAUUAUUUCUCUAUCAACACCUAAUCUAACAAUCACAAAUCAACCAAAGUCAACAUACUUUUUAAACAAAGAUAACAAUAUUUCACUCUCAGGACAUUUAAGUGAUAUAAAUCUCGGAAAUGUUUCAUUACAUUAUAAAUUCGAUGAUUUUGUUUUCAAACAAUUUCAUUCAAUAAAAAUCGAUGAUAUUGAUGAAGAUGAAAAUUUCAAUUGUGAAAUUCCAAUAUCAUCAGAACUAUUGAAAGGUAAUAACAAUAUUACAAUCAAAGCAAUUGAUUCGUUCAAUAAAGAUAAUUUAGCAACAUUCAGCUUCAGCAUUGAAUUUUCUCAACCAGAGAUUGUUGAAUUCAAUGUAAUUAGAGAUUCCAAUGUUUAUCGCUACAAUAUUGAUACAGUUAUACCAAUUAAUAUAUCAUUUGUUGAUUAUACUGGAGCAGUUAAUCUCUCCAUAAAGUAUCAAAUUGCUGAUGAAAUUAAAUCAGUUAAAGAAAUUAAAAUUACGAAUACCAAUAUUUAUACAUCAACAAUCAAUAUUCCAAUUCCAAAAUUAACUGAAAUAGAUCACAAUCUUUUAGUCUUUCUUGAAGAUGAGUAUAGAAUGAUAUCAUAUAAAAGGAGUUAUAAUUUUAGUUUUAAAUUUAAUGAACCUAUCAUUUCUGCAACAGUUAGCAAAAAUGUUUUCUACCGAAACAAAGAUCUCGACAUAAUUAUUGAUUACAAUAUCACAGAUAUUGAUGUUUCAGGUCUAGUUAAAAUCUAUAUUAUUUUGGAUUCCAGUAAGGAUGAUCCUUUUAAUAUGACAAUUGAUAGUUUUUCAAUAUUGCAUUAUAGUUUUACAUUUCCUAAUAAUUUUAAUGAAGGUGAUCAUAAAUUUGAAAUAUACUGUAUUAAUUCGAAUAAUAAGGAAUCAAAUAUCAUCAUUAUUGACUUCACAUACAAAUUUAAUGCUCCGGUGUUGAAUAUCAGAGAACAGCCAAAAUCAGAUUAUAAUCUUUAUCAAAAUUUAACUCUUAGCAUAUCGGGAACAGUAAAGGAUCUUGAUUGUUUAGGUUCUGUCAUUGUUAUUAUAUUACUUAAUAAUCAUAACAUAAAGAAUGAAACAAUCAAAAUCAAAAACGAUUCAGAGCACAUAUUCACAUCAUCAAUUCCUAUUAAUAUUAAUGAUCAAUUCCAAGAAGGAUCUAACGAAAUCAUUAUUUCAAGUGUUGAUGACACAGGAAAGCGGUCAAAUAGUUUUGUAUUCACAUUUAAUCUUAUUUAUCCACCUCCAUAUACAACAUUAGAUGAAAUCACAAAUUACCGAUUUUAUCGAUUGUACAAUCGAAGUAUUCCAAUCUAG